UGCAUAACAUGUUGGAAGUGUCGCUAUCAAUGGUUCUAGCUGCUUUAGCUGGACUAGUUGUUAUUUAUUAUUUCUUCUCCCGCGAAAACUACUUUGACAAAUAUGGAAUUCCUCAUCCUAAACGAUUGGCAAUUUUCGGAAAUAUGGCCCCGCUUAUUUUCCAAAGAGAGACAUUCGUAGGGCACAUUUCGAAUAUCUACAACAUGUUCAAGGAGCCUAAGUACGUUGGGUUCUACGACUUCGGCAUGCCAGUGGCGAUGAUCAGAGACUUGGACUUGAUAAAGAACAUCACAGUGAAGCAUUUCGAUCACUUCAUAGAUCACCGAGGAUUCACUGACCCUGAAAUCGAGCCUUUGUUCGGAAACAACUUGUUUUCUCUGCGAGGUGACAGGUGGCGUGAGAUUCGAACCCUCUUGACACCUGCAUUUACGUCCAGCAAGAUGAAGGGCAUGUUCAAGCUGAUGUCAGAGUGUGCCAACAUUUUUACUGAUGCUCUGGUGAAGAAGGUUAGAGAUGGAGCUAAUGGGUUCAAUUCUAAAGACAUCUUUACGCGUUACACCAAUGACGCUAUCGCCACCUGUGCAUUUGGAAUAGCAGUGGACUCGAUGAAAAACCCCGACAACGACUUCUACGUCCUGGGUCGACAAGCCACUACCUUCGAAGGCCUCAAGGCACUCAAGUUCUUUCUGAUUCGCUCGUUUCCGCUGAUAACGAAACUGUUCCGCAUGAAAUUGAUCGAUACCAAAUGUGAGGAAUUCUUCUACGAGCUAGUUAAAGACACGAUCGCCGCCAGAGACGCUCAAAAUAUCACCCGACCAGACAUGAUCCAGCUGAUGAUGGGGACCCGCGGCAACAACCCUGGAUCCAAGACUCCAGAACUUAGCAUUGAAAGCAUGACUUCGCAAGCCUUCAUCUUCUUCUUCGGUGGAUUUGAUACCACAGCGACCACGAUGUGCUUCAUGGCCCACGAGAUAGCGUCGAACCCUGAUAUCCAAAAGAAGCUCCAGGAAGAAAUAGACCAAGUGCUUGAAAAGGACAAUGGUAACCCCAGCUACGAGUCAAUCAACAGAAUGCAUUAUCUUGACGCUACCGUGAACGAAACUCUGCGUCUUCAUGCGAUUGGUGUAGUCAUGGACCGAAUCUGCACCAAAAGCUAUGAAUUACCACCGACUGUACCUGGAGCCAAACCUCUCAUGCUAAAUCCUGGAGAUAGUAUUUGGAUUCCCAUUUAUGCAAUCCAUAGAGACCCGCAAUACUAUCCGAACCCGGAUAAAUUUGAACCGGAGCGAUUUAUGGGUGAUACAAAAGACACCUUCAAUCAUUCUGCCUACAUGCCCUUUGGUGUUGGGCCCCGGAUGUGCAUUGGAAACCGGUUCGCGCUUUUGGAAACCAAGGUACUGUUCUUCUACCUUCUUGCCAAGUGCAAUAUCUAUCUUUCCAAAAAGAUGAUUCUGCCGAUGAGACUCAGUAAGAGGAGUUUCAACCUGAUCGCCGAUGGCGGGUUUUGGUUGGAUAUCCAACCACGGAAAUGA